UUUUUUUUUUCUCUCUUUUUUCUUAUUGAUAUCAUAUUGCUAAAUAAGCAGUAAUUUAUUUUAUUUCUCUUUUAUAAAAAAUGAAAUACGUUCAGGUGUGUAAAGCACUGUACGAUUAUGAAGCCAGAACUGAAGAUGAACUUAGCAUAAAACAAGACGACAUAUUAUAUGUUAUUGAAAAAGAAGACGACGACUGGUGGAGAAGUGAAUUAAAGCAGACCACCGGGGAAGAACAAGGUCCUAUUGGACUCGUGCCUGCCGACUAUUUAGAACAGGUGACUCCCAUGGGUAGAGUUCGCGCAGAGUAUGACUAUGUUGCUCAGCAAGAAGAAGAACUUUCUUUUGAAGAAGGUGACGAAAUGGACUUGUUGGAAACAGAUGACCCAGACUGGUACCUUGUUAAACUCAACAAUGGUCAAAUUGGUUUGGCUCCAAGUAAUUAUGUCGAAUCCAUCGAAGGUGGCCAACAACAACAAGCUCAUGUAGACCAACAGGAGGAGGAGGAGGACGAAGACCAAUACCAGCCUGCUGCACCUAGUAUCCCGCAACCACCCAUCAUGACACAAGCUCCUGUCACCACACAGGCACCGAUUCCUCCUCCUCAAGUCGAGCCUGUACUUUCUCAACCCACUGGUGGAACACCAAGAGAAGUAAUUGCUGAUGAUGCUCAAUCUUGGAAUGUUCAUGAAUACGAUGCCGCCAAAAAGAAGAAGAAGAAGGGAAAGGGUAACCUGUACAUUGGUAACGGUAUGCUUUGUUAUGGCAGUGAAACAGACAAAUCUUUACCAGUUCAACAAUACCCUAUCUUGGAUGUUACAAAGUAUCUGUUUGACGGUAAAAACUUGCACAUUGAAGUAGAAGGAAAUAAGCAAGCCGUAUUGGAUUUACAAGCUUCUUCCAAAUCGGAAGCCAAAGCUAUUCUCGUCAAAAUCAGUGAUUCAACUAGAAUUGCUCAACAAUCAGCUACUCAUUUAACUCAACAACAAAGACAAAUGGCUGCGCCUGCUAACCCCAUCAUGAUAGGUGCGCCUGCUCCUGUUGCUG